AUGUUAUCCUUGAUGGACGCGUUUGCAACUCAAAAGCGGGGUUUACCCUGUAAGAAAUGUGGAGCUUUAGUGCCGGUUCAUUACAUACAACGGCACAAAGGCGAAUGUUUUAGCAAUUUCGACCGGAACAAUGGGGACGAUUCGGAUAUUGAGGUUAUGGAUGUUGUGAUGAACUUGGCGGUAAAGCAAGGUUCACAAGGGGCGAGCAAGAGUCAGAGCCAGGAAGUUAAGGCUACUUUGAUCAAGACUUCACCUGGGACUUUGAAACGGUGAGAGUUGAAAUUUUUUAAUUUUUUAAAAAUUUUCGUUCUAAUUUUAAAUUUUUUAAAAUUUUUAGUUGAUAUUUAAAAUUUUUUGAAUUUUCUUAAGUUUUUGAAAAAAUAUUUAAAGAAAUUUGAAAAACUUCAUUUUAGACCACCACCAGUGUAUUAUCGUGCCGAGAUCAAUAACAUGUCACCAGAAGAAACCUAUCGAAAAUGCGUGGACAUGUUAAGUUUACCGGUCGAUUUGCAGAAGGUUCAUUAUUCAGUCCGGCUCUUCAAACACAUUUGUAACACUGUAGGUCUUUAUUUAUUAAGGUAGGGAUGUAAGGUAGCGUAGGGUAAGGUAUUGUAGGUUAAGGUAGGGCAGGACAGGGUAGGGUAAUGUAGGUUAAGGUAGGGUAGGGCAGGACAGGGUAGGGUAGGGCUGAACAAAAGAAGUUGGAGUAGUGUACAGUAGAGUAAGAUGAGAUAAAUAAGUUUUUUCAAAAUUUUGCUUGAUAUCUAUUUAUUUAGGUACUACAACAUCAACUGACUGACGAACCAUGCUGCUCUUUCUGGGCACCUUUCUUAUCAUCUUUGUUUACUUUUUUAAGACUAGAAGGUAACGAAGAAGGUGAUGACAAAGAUGUGGCUCUAUGGUUGUGUCAAAAUGGUCGUAGAUGGCAUGUGCCUUCAAGGUUAAGGUAAGUUAUCUAACUCUACUUCUUGUCAUAAGUUAUAUUGUGGUUUUUAAUGGCAUUUUUAAGUAAAAUACGACACAUAAUGGAUGUUUUAGGCUAAAAAAGCUAGAUAUGAGGAACGGACCGGGUCAAAAUUUUGCUCAGGCCCGGCCCGUUCCUCAUGCCUAAAAAAAGCCAUGAAUAUAACACAAAAAUGCCAUUUUUCAGCAUACGAAAUCGUGAACACUACAAAAUGGACAAGAUAUUUAGAAGAUUAUACGAACAAGGUUUGUUAAUAUCAUUAGAAGAAGAACAAGAUGUAGACCUACGUGGAGUUAUAGACGUUUUAUGCGCCGAAGAACUGAAGAAAUUUUGUCAGAAAAUGAAAUUAAACAAAAUGAAAAACAAAUCAGAAGAGGAGAAGAGUAGAAUUAUAGAAGAGUUAAGGUCCAGGCCUCGGAUUGAUGGCAGUAAUGUGGAGGAGUCGGCUUUUAAAGCGUAAGUCAUACCUAAUCCUACAAUACCCUACCAUUAGGUGUCGACAUAAAUAACCCGCCAUGUUUUACAGGUAAUUACAGGCGAAGUAUGGCGGGUUUCUUAUGUCGACACCUAAUAGAUAUGGGGAACGGGCCGGGCUGGGCUUAACCAUGAGAGACGGGCCGGGCCUAUUUUACAAGCCCGUUCCGCUUUUUUAGUCAGGCUCGGCUGGUUUCUUAAGUCUAGCUGGGCUGGGCUGAUUUUUCAGGCCCAGCCCGAUCUGAGUUUUUUUAGGCCCGGCCGGACCAAAUUUGUUUUACGUGGAAGCGGGCUGGGCUUUUCUGGAAUUUCCAGGCCUGGCCCAAACAAAAUUUUUUUUCAGGUCCGACUUGUUCUUUAUAUUUAUACCUUACCCCCUAGGGACGUCGGUAGGGGGGGGGGGUUUUGAAUGGAGGUGGAUUUACCUCUAGAGCCAAUUCGAAAAAAAAGUCCGGAGGGCUUGUACGUGGCAAAUUUGAAAAAAAAUUUUUGAAAAAUGAUUUUGUGCACCAAAAAAAAACUUUUUUUUUUAUUUUUUAUCCCUCCUUCUAAAAACUAACAAUUUAUUCCUACCUAUCUACCCCUACUCACCCACCCUUACCCACUUACCCUUACGCACCCAGCUCUGCCCAUUAACUCCUACUCGCCUACCCUUACCUACCUACCCACCUACCCCUACCUACCUUCCUCUACCUCUCUACCUUUUAAAAAUUUUUUAAUCGAAUUUGAUGUUAUUUUAGAAUACGAAGCAUUGUUGGCCCAAUUUAUCGCCUUGACCUUCUAUUUUAUCAAUUUGUAAUAUCAUUUUGUACCGUAUAUUCACCAUUCACUAUGGACGCGCAUCGACUGUUUGAUGACGAACAACUGGUACUCAUUAGGGACUUGUUGUACGUUUUUUUUGCCUAAUUCAAGCAAGCACUGCUCUAAAAAUAAAAUUUAAACAUGGGUUUGGACUAAAAUUUUAUUCGGCAGGGUAUGGGCAGAUAGGGGAUGAGUGAGCUACGUAAUCAUUGUGGUUAUGUCAAAAUUAUUAGGUUCCGACACAAAGAAUCCGCCGUUUUUUAUAGGAAAUUACAGGAAAAGUAUGGCGGGUUCUUUAUGUUGGUACCUGAUAAUAGUGAGCAGGGCCGGGCGCUGGGGGGAUCGACGGGAGGUAACUGAUAGUGAGUAUUACAAAAGAUGGUUUUUCUAAUUUUAGGUAUGAAUUGUACAAAGUUGAAGGAGAAACGGAGAGCUUCAUGUACUCACAUAAGCAAGUCAACCGAAUCAAAGGGGUUUACCGCGAUUUCAACGAUUUCAUGAUGUAUAUCAGCUUAAAAAUGAAAGAAAUGGACUGUGCAGCACUACAUCGACGAAAGAAGCACGAGCAGAUCUGUAAUGGCAUUGAGAUGAGCGCUGGGGAGUUGAAGAAGUUCUUGAAGGAUGAGGAUGGGUUGUUAUCGUUUUAUAAAAAUGUCCCAGGCUUUCUACUCAAAUACACCUGUCCAGCCAUAUUGAUAAGGAUUAUGAUGCAUGGAAUCGAAGCAGCCCAGAAGCUGAAAAGAUACGAUUAUGCUUGUGAUGCCAUUGCGUUUUUAUUGCUUAACAGUGGUAUGUUACCUAAAUUUUUUCCGAUUACUUUAUCUUGCUCUAUUAUACCCUAGCCUUUACUGUCUUAUUCUAUGCUAUCCUAUUCUAUCGUACCCGAACCUACCUCACCUUAAUCUAUGUUAUCUAAUUCUAUCUUUUUUUCUCUAUUUUGACCUGCCCUGCUCUGGGUAAGAUGAGAUAGGCUUGAGUAUGAAUUGUGGGUCAGAGGGGGUUGGGGAAGGAAAGGCUUGACCUGCCCCUGCUCUACUUUGCCUUGCCCUGCUCUGUUCUGCCCUGCCGCGUCCUGCCCUGUGUUGCUCUGCGUUUUCCUUGCUUUUGCCUUAAAUUGCCCUGUUCGCCUCCCUUUGCUCUGAUCUGACCCGCCCUGCCUUUUUAUGUUCUUUUUUACUUUAUUCUACCCUACUCUACCGUACCCUACUCUAUCUCAUCCUAUCCCAUAUUACUCUACUUUACCCUACCCUACUUUUCCUACUGUAUCUUAAAGAAAUGUUUUUUUUUUCAGACCUAGACCGCUUCUACAGUAACCGCAAGGGCUUUCUCAUCGAUCGACUGGUACUGAAUCUACAAUCCCAUCUGAAAAACAAUGAAUACUCAUUCAAGUUUUGCUCUUUCUAUGUCAAAGACGAUCGAAUUUUGAAACGCUACACAUUGCAACUACAGGACAGAGCAAUAAGAUUGGCCAAGACCUUAAAAAUAGAGUUUCGACCGGUAAUUGAGCUUCUUGAACCUGAAAUUGUAAGUUUUUUGGAUCUUUUUUGGUUUACCUGGUGUUGAGAUGAAGUCAUAAGUUUAAUUUGGGCUGUUACUUUGAAAGUUUUUAUAAAUUCAGGUUUUCGUGGUGGGAUCCAAAUUUUUGCUUUUUGAGUGAGAUUAGAUUUGUAAAAUACGGUCCUUCGUUUUAUUAUUUUAAAAAAUAAUGGCAGAAUAGGUUUUUUAAUGUUCAGACAGGUUUUUCUUAAACUCAGGUUUUUGUGGUGGGACCCAAAAUUUUUAUUUUUAUAGUUUAGGAAUGUAAAAUACGUGUACUAAUCUAAUCCUCCUUUUUUAUAAAACUUUUAAGAAGGUAGGUUUUGGGAAAUUUUUUAACAGACUUUUUAAAAUCAGAUUUUCGUGGUGGAACCUACUUUUUUAAAAAAGAUUAAAAUGUAGGUAAUAUAAUUGCUUCUCUUCGUAUUAACUUUGAACAUUUUCAGAUUGAAAUUUCGGCCACAACUCUGUCGAAAGACCUGGGCAACGGCCGAAUCAACAUGUUUAUGAAUAACACCGGCGACAACAUGGAUUACUGUAGUGUGGAACAGAUAGCGCUGAUGGACAUGGUUAAUAACCAAGGAUAUGAAGAUGGAUUUCACAUUGAAGGUGGAGUAUGGCACACUUUGUAUGGCUUAGCUUGCUUUGAUAUAAUAUUCGAAAAUGGCAUCUACAAUGCUUGGGUGUCGGAACUGCAGGUAAGGUGGGGUAGGGUAGGGUAGGGUAGGGUAGAGUAGGGUAGGGUAGGGUAGGGUAGGGUAGGGUAGGGUAGGGUAGGGUAGGGUAGGGUAGGGUAGGGUAUGGUAUGGUAAGGUAGAAUAGGAUGGGUUAAAUUAGGGUAUGGUAUACUGUAGUAAGAUAAGGUAACAAAAAAUAUUGUUGUUUUAGACCAGACCAAUGGACCAAAACAGCCAAUUAUUCUACACAAAUCGCAAAGAUCUAUUCGAAAAACGUUUCAAUGAAAUUGAAAAUGACAGAGACAGGCUAUGUGAAAUCAUAAAACAAAACUUUGAACUUUAUAUGGGCACAAGGAGUGCGGAUAUCGAUUGGAAUACUUUCAAUAUGGAUGAUAAUGUAAGUUAUGAUAAGUUCUUUUACUCAACCCUAUCUUAUCUUACCCUACCCUACCCUACCCUACCCUACUCUAUUCUGCCCUACCCUACCCUACCCUACUCAACCCUACCCUACCCUACCCUAUUCUGCCCUACCCUACCCUACCCUACUCUACUCAACCCUACCCUACCCUAUUCUACCCUACCCUACCCUACCCUACCCUACCCUACUCUACUCAACCCUACCCUACCCUACCCUACCCUACCCUACCCUACCCUACUCUACCCUACCCUACCCUACCCUACUCUACUCUACCAUACAAUUUUUUACCGUACCUUGCCGUGCUGUAUCGUUCUGUACUCUACUUUUUUUACCCGGCUCUGUGCUACCUUACUCUCCCCGACUUGUCAUACGUUACCCUUACUUACUUUAACAAUGAUACACUGCUGUAAACUACCUUUCCCUACUCUAUUUAACUCGACUUUACGCUACGCUAAGCUGUUCUACUUUAAAUUUAAAAAAUUUAAAAAAUUUUUUGAAAAUUUUGGGUUUUAGCGUCUCUGGGACAUUUUGGAAUGUGUGGAUCUUCAAAUGCUGACAAACUUGUUUCGUAGGUUUGCAGCCGACUAUCGGAAUUCAAGAAGUGGUUUACCAGAUCUAACCGUAUGGAAUAAAACUGAAAAGCGGAUGGCAGUAAUUUUUUAAAUAUUUUCUUUGAUUUCCAGUGUUUUUAGUUUGUAGAGAAAGGUCUUGCCAUUUUUUGCUUUGGAAAGAAAGUUUUUGCUAUUUUUUGUUUUGUAAAGAAAGUUCUUGUCAUUUUUAAAUGUCAUUUUGCUAGAAAUUCAGAUCAUGACCUUGACCUUUCAGGUAGUCGAAGUCAAAGGACCAGGCGAUAAACUGAGUACGAAGCAAAGGCUCUGGCUCGACUUCUUUGUACGAAACUCGACCAGAGCUGUGGUAUGUCGAGUGUCAAGUCGAUCAGCGAGGCAAAUCACUUGA